ACAACAAUGAGGAGUUAGAUUUGUUGUUGGCAUUAGUUGUGCAUUUUGAUUCAAAGUGUAUUGAUGUUGUUGUACGAGUAAAAGACUCAACCAUUGACUGUGGUUAUCUCAACAACAUAUUGGAUUAUAGAGAAAGAGAGUCAAUGUUGAAUCUUGAAGUUUGUGAAAUUGCAUUGUCUCAUGACAGCAGUAAGUCUGUGAACUUAUCAAACAGAGCAUCUACAUUUUCCAAAAGGAAUUCGAGGUUGGAGGUUGAAGAAGAGGUUGAUAUGUUAUCAUCAUUUUGUCGACACAAGGGAAAAUCACUGUUGCCUGCUGGUUGGGCCGUUAGUAUUACACAUAAUGAUAAAGUUCGUGUUACUGCACAAUGUUUGUUUAGAGAGACAAAAGGUUGUAUGUGGAAUGUUCAUGGUAGAGUGGAGAAUGCUAAUGGGUUCUUUUAUAUAAAGAAGUUGAACAAUGUCCACACAUGUGGUGCUGAAAUACGGACGAUGACUCAUUCUCGUAUGAGUUUUGAUUUAGUUGUUGAUUUGAUUGUUGAAAGUGUUCGUGAUAAUCCAUUGACACGUCCAGUUCAUGUUGUUCGGGAUUUUAAGUUGGGGUAUGGGCUGAGAUUAAGAUGGUAUGUGGAUGUUGCAAAGAGUUGCAAUUCAGGGAGUUACAAUAAGUUUGAGUGUGACGAUGACACUAAAAGGUUUAAGAGAUUAUUUGUUUCUUUUCAUGGGUUCUUUCCUAUUUGUUUUGCAGUUGUUGGCUCAGAGAAUCAAGAUAAUUGGUGCUGGUUUUUGGAGCAUUUGAGUAGAAUUGUUUCACCAGAACGAAAUAUUACAUUUGUGUCAGAUCGUAACCUUGGAUUAGUUGAAGUGUUGCUAAAGGUUUUCCCAAUGGCUUUCCAUGCUUAUUGUUUAUAUCAUUUGAAGAUGAACUUAAGGCAUCAUUUGCGUGGUAUGUUUCAUGGAUUGAAAGAAAAACUGAUCACUUUGUUUGGGAAAUGUGCAUAUGCUCCAAUUGAAGAAACAUUUCAUCAAUGUUUGGUUGAGUUAAAGACUGAAGAUGGGUCAAGAGUUGAAAAGUUUUUAGAUGACAUACCAUAUGAUCAUUAG